AUGAUGCAGGAAUCCGAAGUGUCAUUGCGUCUCCACGCCGAGUUCCUUCCCAAUAUCCGUCAAACAACACUCUACGUUUCUCUCCCCGGGACUGCAGCUUUCAAGGACAUCCACCCAGAUGUGCAACUGUCACAAUCAAGAAAAGCCGUAACGGUCUCGUUGCCAUCCCCUUUCCAGGAUACCACGGAGACGAUCAAGCUUCCAGCGCGUGUUUCCGACGCGUCUCGACGUGCCCUACAGACCAGAAUAAAACCAACGCCCAAGGCAAAUGGUGGACCAUUCGAGUUCUCCUUCCGAAUGCAGGUUGAUGCCAAUGACGAGGCGCUGGCGCCUCGCGAUGAACUAAUUGAUGAUUUCGUGCCUUGGACAGCGGAUAAGAUGUCGGCUUCGACGCGCAUUCGGUGUCGGAAGUGUGAGCAGCAUCUCCUAGGCUCUUCUACAUCUGAAAAUACGGGUGAUGGGGACGAUGAUUCAGUCCAGACCUGGGCUUGGAAAGACCUACCCAGUGGGAACUGGGCUGAAAUGAUGGACUUUUGGCAUUGUCACAAGCCUGAUACGCAUGAAGGACAUGGAAAAGACGAGAAGGAAUCUGCACUCCGGAUUGAGGACCAAACCGCACAGACCAAGGGAUAUGGCGCCGACAGUCAGGUAGUAGCAAUACCUGGGACUGUCCUUAUUGAUGUUGCGACCUUCCUGCUUGCCGAGUCGGAUUGCAGUGGACUUGUAAAGGUCAACGACGAAGAACGGAAAUCCAGCACUGAAUUCUUUGCAGCCAGAACAUUGCACUGCACCAAGUGCAGAUCCAUCAUCGGCAUGGAAGACCCCAUUGCCAAGGGAUGGCGAUUGUUGAAAGCAAAUGUUUCCUUGAAUAUCAAACAGGACCUCGACACAGAAGCAGGCUGGGAAACCCAUUCGGCCGAAGUCAUUGUCGCAGCUCAAGUACUGGAAUUAAUUGAACGCGAAAGCGCUCGACGAUUCGUCGUCCACUGUGGGCAAAAGAGCGGCCUCUUGCUCUGGGUCUUCAACCCGGACAUGCGAUACUCGAACUCGAACCCAGGACACAGUGUCAUGGCCCAGCAGGCUAUGAAAGUCUUUUUCCAAGAGACAGACGACGUGGAUGAAUUACUGCACCCGGAGAUCGGAAAUCCGUCACCAUUGUCUGUGGAAGAACUCGAGCUUCCCACAAUGAUAUUCGAGGCAACAUGGACCGCACUUCGAGACAGCAAUCUGAUCCUCCCUACGUCUGCGAGGAAAUUCAAUGAAUGGCAAGUUGGGCUUUUGAGCCGAUACAGCCGGGGAUCAGCUUGA